AUGACAUCCUCGACACUUGACAUCCUCGGAAGGACUGAUCCCAGGAACCAGAACAUAGGCGACUGCCACACUGCAUCCUGUGCACAAGUUGCUCAAGCGCCACCAUUAUCACUUGCUUGGUGUCACAUCACUCAGUUCAUUUGGCUCUCCACACAAGCCUUGGUGACACAUCUUCUUGCAAACGUUUGCGCUUUAAACGUGGGCACACGCACAACUACAGUUGGCAGCAUUUUAGGGUCUCCACUAUUAUUUCAUUCAGUGGCACAGAUCACACACGGUCUGCUGGAGGACGAAAAUGGAACUACUAGUAGGCCGCUGUUGAGCAGGUUGGAACCUGAUGAAAGCGAAGAAGGAGAUGAAGAUGAAGAAGAGAGAGAGGCCAACAAAUUGUUUGAGGAGGAGGAGAAGAGGAUAGCUAAGGAAGUCGCAAGACAGGAGGCAGAAGUGAAACGGCUGUUGAAAGAAAGCUCUCGAAGUCUGGGCGUUGAUUCAGAGUGGAGUGAAGAAGAUGUGUGUGAUGUGGAAGAAGAAGAGGAGGAGGAGGAGGAAGUGGAAGAGGAGGAAGCUGCUAGUGAACCGCUGUUAGCUGGAAAAGGAGGAGGAGGUAAGAAUGAGGAGGAGGAGGAGGAGGAGGCAAGUGAUGAGGAGGAGGAGGAGGGGGUAGAGGAUAGUACAGGAUAUACAACGGAUGACCCAGCUCUCGAGAAUAUAUCCAUGAUACAUGAGGCCGGCCUCACGGAUGCUGAAGGUGCGCUGAGCGAUGUGAACUCGGCGUUCGAAGCGGGGCUGAUGGGUGGCGUGAGGAGGGGCUGUGGUGAAGGAGGAGGAGGAGGAGAUGAUGAUAAUACGUCUCUCUCCUCGCGGGCCUCGUCGCGGGUGUUUGGCGACUCGGACGCCAUGAUGAGUCUGGAUUCGCUCAGUGCCCUCUAUGACAGCGACAACUAUGACAACUGCUGCUAUGCUGACGAUCUCAGGUAGCUGGCAAACUAAAUAUCAGACAAUACU